AUCCUGGCGAAUCCCUCCCGCUCUAUCCCUAUUACAUGGUAUAACUCGCUCCGUUGGUUAGUUAUAUAUAUCAACCUCCGGUCGUUUGCACUCCUCCGUAACAGGAAGAACCGACCUGCUUUAGGGAAGGGAACUCGCUUUCAUUCCGUUCAAGGGGCGCGCCUCUUUUUCUUGUCUCUCGCUUCAGAUUUUCCCACCUUCUUUCCUCGCGGAUUCUCCCCCUUUCACUCGUUUUACGCUCCCUAAGCCUCACGCUCGUUUUUUUCUAAUUCCCAAACGCAAUCAUGUUAUUGCAAGUUUCCGUUUCGGCGCUGGCCUUUGCCGCCGUUUCACUCGCACAGGGCACAACACACAUCCCCGUCACUGGUGUUCCCGUUGCUUCUGGUGCUGCCGUACCGCUGAGACAAAAUAUUAAUGACCUCGUCAAAUCGGGACCGCAAUGGGAUCUCUACGUUCAGGCCAUGUAUAACAUGUCCAAGCUGGAUUCCCACGACCCAUACAGCUUCUUCCAGAUUGCCGGCAUCCACGGCGCACCGUACAUUGAGUACAACAAGGCCGGAGGCAAGACUGGCGAUGGCUGGUUGGGAUACUGCCCUCACGGUGAGGACAUCUUCAUCAGCUGGCACCGCCCCUACGUCCUGCUCUUCGAGCAAGCUUUGGUCUCCAUCGCCAAGGGCAUCGCCAAUGGAUAUCCCGCUGCAGUUCGCGCCCAGUACCAGGCGGCUGCGGCCAGCCUGCGAGCCCCCUACUGGGAUUGGGCUGCCGACAGCACCGUCCCUGCGUGCACCGUCCCCAACACGCUCAAGAUCAACGUUCCCAACGGCAGCGGCCUCAAGUCCGUCGACUACACCAACCCUCUUCGCACUUUCUACUACCCUCACAUUGCCAUGAGCGGCUCUUACGGCGAGUUCAAUGGCGGUGGCCAAGACCACACCAUUCGCUGCCCUUCGCCCCAGCAGAACUACCCCAACACCGCCAACGCCAACCUGGCUGCUCGUCCUUACAAGUCCUGGAUUUACGACGUUCUGACCAACUCUCAAAACUUUGCCGAUUUCGCUUCCACCAGCGGCCCCGGCAUCAACGUUGAGCAGAUCCACAACGCCAUCCACUGGGACGGUGCUUGCGGCAACCAGUUCCUUGCUCCUGACUACUCUGGUUUCGACCCUCUGUUCUUCAUGCACCACUCCAACGUUGACCGCAUGUGGGCUUUCUGGGAGGCCAUCAUGCCCAACUCGCCCAUCUUCACUGCCUCCUACAAGGGUCAAUCUCGAUUCAACAGCAAGACCGGUGCCACCAUCACCCCCAACUCUCCUCUGCAGCCUUUCUACCAAGCCAACGGCCAGUUCCACACCUCCAACACCGUCAAGAGCAUCCAGGGCAUGGGUUACUCUUACAAGGGCAUCGAGUACUGGUCCAAGACUCAGGCUCAGAUCAAGUCCGGCGUCACCACCAUCAUCAACCAGCUGUACGGACCCAACUCCUCCGGAAAGCGCGAGAUCCGCGCCUCGGAUCUCGUCAAGACUCGUUACUUCGCCAAGAUCUCCGUCAACGUCACCGAGAUCCCGACUCGCCCCGCCGAAAUCAACGUCUAUGUUGCUGGCCAGAAGGCUGGUAGCUUGAUCGUCAUGAUGCUCCCUGCUGAGGGCUUGGUCAACGGUGGUUUCACUGUCGACACCCCCAUGGAGAGCCUCCUGCACGGUGGCGGCCGCAACGCCGUCCAGGCCUUUUCCAGCGAUAUCGAAGUUGAGAUUCUCACUCGCUCUGGACAAUCCAUCCCCAUCGAGAGCGUUCCCAGCCUUUCCAUCGACCUCGAGACCGCCAACGUCACCCUGCCCAGCGCCGUCGACCAGCUCCCCAAGUACGGCCAGCGCUCAAGGCACCGUGCCCAGGCCGCCCAGCGCGGACGCCGCUUCCCUAUCCCCCACGGCCUCCCCGGCCAGUAAAUGAAUAGGCGUGGCGAUCACGCUCCCUGGAUUUAUACUGCAACGAAUAUUUUUUGGCUAUUUAAGUGUUUUGGCGUGUGUGUGUGUGGAGGAAGUUAAAGAACAAAUGGAAGCUUGAAUAUAUACAUACGACAUUUUUGCCCCGAGAACUUUAUUUAUUUUUAUUUACCAGCUGCAUUCUUCCCAUUUUCGCAUCUGUGGACGUGGCACACCGUUUUUAUACUCGAUCCAGAGAGGGCUGUUAAUUUUGGCUGAUAUGAGGUUUCUGUAUAUAAUGCUUCCCUCUCUUCCUCUCUCUCUCUCUCUCUCAUUACAGUUGUCGCGCGCAUAUACGCAUAUACGGCAUGGCUUGCGCGCGCCGCUUGGUUCUGUCUGGCAUGCCCUGGCCCUGCGGGGGAAAUCUAGUGGCGGUUUGGAUAAGGAUUAGGAUAACGAUAAUUGAGUAUUGAUAAUUAUUUCUAU